AUGACAUCAUUUUUCCUUCAAAUUCUUCGAUUUUCCACUGUUUUUCUAGUAUUUUCGGUUGUUUCAAGGGCUGAAAACGUUUUCUGCACCUACUAUCGAGAAGAGAACGAAAUCACCUGUGGCACAGUAACCUGUCCAACACACAUACCACCAAAUGCAGAUCUCGAGAAAGAUGGUCUCGACGUGAAACUACCACCUGGAUGGUACCGUAUCGGUACAAUGACAAUUCGACAUGAUAAAGGAUGGCUGAAUCUGUACAGAAGACGUGCCAUUGGACAUGGAUAUUGGGAUUUUUAUACGAAUAUUCCGGAGAGAAAUUGUGCGGGAACUUUUGGUCUACACGCCGGCGACAACAUUUCCGGAUCGGUGGCGGUGAAGAGCAAGGAGUGUUUUGAUAAAUUGAUUUAUCAGAUCGAAAAAAAGUCAACCAUCGAAAAAAUCGACGUUUAUCAGUGUCGAAAAUGCAUAUUUCACAGUUGUUGGCUGGGAAGUCGAUUGCUUCCGAGGGCUAGAGAUUAUUAUACUAAUUUGAGGAGUUUAUAA